CGCUACUCGUUGCUCGACUAUCGAGCUUGGUUGGACUCAUCGAUAACUGAGGUGGAAAAAGACAGGAAAACAGUGUGUUUAUAAGUGAAAUUUGUUUUGUAAGCGUCGAGUUGGUUUGUAUACGUUUUUUUUCUGUAGGUAAAAUGGGGAACUGCCACACCGUUGGACCGAACGAGGCCCUUGUGGUUUCAGGUGGUUGCUGUGGCUCUGAUCAGAAGACGUAUAUUGUGGGAGGCUGGGCUUGGGCCUGGUGGCUCAUCUCUGACAUCCAGAGAAUGUCUCUGGAGGUUAUGACCAUCCUCUGUCGGUGUGAGAAUAUCGAAACUUCGGAGGGUGUUCCCCUGGAUGUGACAGGGGUGGCUCAGGUGAAGGUGAUGACAGAGAAUGAACUGCUGGGUUACGCCUGCGAGCAGUUCCUGGGGAAGUCAGUCGUGGAGAUCAAGAGUGUCAUCCUGCAGACCCUUGAGGGUCACCUGCGCGCCAUCCUUGGCACCCUAACCGUUGAGCAGAUUUACCAAGACCGAGACCGAUUUGCCACUCUGGUGCGAGAGGUGGCAUCACCGGACGUCGGCCGCAUGGGCAUCGAGAUCCUCAGCUUCACCAUCAAGGAUGUAUAUGAUAAAGUGGAGUACCUGAGCUCACUGGGCAAAACGCAGACCGCUGCAGUACAGAGGGAUGCAGACAUCGGAGUGGCAGAGGCAGAGAGAGACGCUGGCAUCAGGGAAGCUGAGUGUAAGAGAGAAAUGAUGGAUGUUAAGUUCUUAGCUGACACAAAAAUGGCUGACUCCAAACGAGAGCUGGAAAUGCAGAAAGCUUCCUUUAAUCAGGAAGUGAACACAAAGAAAGCAGAGGCUCAGCUGGCGUACGAGCUGCAGGCGGCCAAAGAGCAGCAGAAGAUCUGCCUGGAGGAGAUCGAGAUCGAGGUGGUGCAGAGGAAGAAGCAGAUCACUAUUGAGGAGAAGGAGAUCGACCGCACUGAGAAGGAGCUGGUGGCCACCGUGAAGAGGCCGGCCGAGGCCGAAGCCUACAGGAUGCAGCAGCUGGCUGAGGGUCAGAAGAUAAAGACGGUGCUGACGGCGCAGGCGGCGGCCGACAAAAUCCGCCUGAUCGGUGAGGCGGAGGCCUCGUCCAUUAAAGCGGUGGGGAAGGCCGAGGCUGAGAAGAUGAGGCUGAAAGCUGAGGCCUACCAGCAGUACGGCGAGGCUGCCAAGACAGCUCUGGUCCUGGAGGCUCUGCCCUUGAUUGCCAGUAAGGUGGCUGCACCCCUGUCCCGGACCGGCGAGAUCGUCAUGCUGAGUGGAGACGGCAGCCGCGUGUCUGGAGAGGUGAACCGUCUAUUAGCUGAACUCCCGUGUCCGUCAACGCCCUCACCGGGGUGGAUCUGACUAAGAUCCCUCUGCUCCAGAGGAUGGUCGGCACACAGUGCCAAGCAACCGUCUGAUGAACCAGGCCAGAGACUCUAAAUCCUUCAACAUUUAUCUGCCUCAAGCAUGAAAAUAGUUUUUUCAGCCUCUGGCCCCUUAUGCGACUGCCUUUGACCAGAAACACUUGACACCAAACAAGAGUUUUUUUUUUUUUUAUAUUUUUAAGAGGUUUUUAAUUUUCUAAGGGAAAAACAAGCUGGGGCCUUAUUUCUAAAGGACCAGACUAUAUGUAUCUUCUGAUGGAUUUAGUUUUAGACACAUUGAAUCCUCAUCACACUGCACUAGUUAGCCAGGAUUAUAUGCUGCCAUCCUGUCCAAUCAGAGUUGGUCCACUUUGAAUCUGGUGGUGUUAAAAUUUAUUUUAGAAGGAAAAACACCUCAGUCUUCAAUAGUUGGAGCUGGAAAGAGUACAAAAAAUUAAGGCCAAUUCUGAAUAUUGUUCUCUGCUCCAGAGCUGUUAAAGGGUCUGCCUCAAAUUUGGGGUGCACCACUUCCCUGUCAGGUGUUCUGGCCUUUAUUCACCUUGGGGGCAGAGUGUCCAGCCUCUGCCUCUUCACCCUCAAACAGAGCCCAGUUAGUGAAGUAACUUGCAGUAGACUGAGCCCGGUGUGAAAUGGGCAGCUUUUAUUUCCUCAUUGCUUUUAAAACUCUUUAUACAUUUUUUUUUUUAUAGAUGAAUUAACUCUAACUCA